GCUAUCUCAACUAUUGACUUGGGAUUUCUGAUUCGCAGAAUAGCGUAAACCGUGAAAGAUGCCUUCCGUGACACAAGCUCAAGCACUUGAGCAGCCCAAAGCUCGAGCACCGCUGCUUGAGGAACGAUUCGCGGUCUUGAAGAAGUCACUAGUCAAGCCAGAGAACAAGCAGAAGGUAAUUGAGUCGUACGACCGCCUGAUCAAAAUACUCGAGAACGAAGCCAACUUCAUCGCGAAGAAUGGCCCGUCUAUGGUACCCGCGAUCGACUUCAACGAGGUCAGAAUGAAUGGUGGCACCCUCCCCCCAGACUUCGCAAAACUAGUGCGAGAGCGAGGCUGCGUCAUCCUGCGCAACGUCGUGCCAGAAGAGCAGGCGGUAAAGUGGGAGCAAGACCUGGUCGACUACACGAACCGCCACAAGAACAGUGGCACCCCGAAGUUCUGGAGUCUGUACUGGACGCCUCCGCAGGUCCAGAUCCGGAGCCACCCCAAGGUUAUGGAAGCGAUGAACUGCAUCAGCCAGCUAUGGACAGUAACUGAUCCUUCAAUACCGAUCGACUUGACAAGUCAGGUCGUAUAUCCAGAUCGAUUCCGCAUCCGCCUCCCUUCGAAAGAGGCGGAAUACGUGCUACCGGCCCACCUAGACAGCGGCGCGACGGAAAGAUGGGAAGACGAAGCUAACCGGUCCAACUACGCUGCCAUCUUUGAAGGCAACUGGCAAGAGUGGGAUGGCUGGGUGGCCGAUAAGCGCAUCGAUGCCUCGAGCGACUUGUAUCACAAGGGGAGUUCCUGCUCGUGCUGGCGCUCGAUGCAGGCCUGGAUCUCGCUGUCGCACUGCAAUACGGGCGAAGGGACGCUACGUUUGCUGCCCAGUCUCAAAGCAUCCGUCGCUUACAUGAUGCUCCGGCCGCUCUUUGAGAACGACGUUUAUGACGACACACAACCUACGUUUCCUGGGGCGACGCCUGGACUCACGCAGUUCAAGCCCACUACCGAACUCCACCCGCAUCUGCUUAUGGAGAAGUCUAUUGUAGGCAUACCGCCCGUCAGACCAGGUGACUACGCAUUCUGGCACUGCGACCUCGUCCACGAGGUGGACAAGUACCAUCCAGGCAAGAACUACUCGACGGCCGUGUAUCACCCCUGCGUUCCAUUGACUCCCUACAACAUUGAUAAUUUGGUUCAUGUCCGAGAUGCAUUCAGUGCUUGCGAUGUUCCCCGAGACUUUUCUGGGUCACAGUCGUUCAACGGGAAUGAGAAAGAGCACGCUGAUCAUGGGGCACGACGCGAGAAUAUUUUGAGCAACGAGGGGCUUAGGGCGAUAGGGUUGAAGCCGUUUGAUGUGGAGCAGGCGGGGUUGACGGAGGGUCAGAGAGCGGUGAGACAACUUGCCAAUGAGAAGCUUGGGUUUGCAUAG